AUGGUGAAGCUGGAUCGUUUCGAUAUUGAAUUCAGUAACGCUGAGAGUGCAUAUUUUGCUGGUCAAGAAAUCUCUGGCAAGGUGAUUAUCGAGAACAGCGAACCGAAAAAAGUGAACGAGAUACUUUUGGAGUUAAAGGGUCGUGCGAAGACAUAUUGGACGAAGCAUUCAGGUAAAUCACGGAAACACUGGAGUCAAGCUGAACCGUACUUCUGUGAACAGUUCAACACAUGCUACACUCAUAAGUUUACCACAACUACACACGAUGGCAAAGAGGUUUGA